AUGGACCAAAUUGGCACAUCCGUCAAGACUUAUACUCGUCCAUGUUCGAUGGUAGAUCGAUCUCUACCGGAACGGUUUCCCGACGCCAGUCGUUUCCAAGACCUUCAGAAACAGAGCAAUGUUCUGAAGGGCAUAGGUUGGGUUGCAAAAGUCCAAAUAAUCCGCCAUGCGAGGGUCAGACAGGCGCAUUUCGGUAUAUGCGACCAUCCCCAGCCGAAGAGUAAUAGUCUUGGCUUCUUCGAGUGCUCGGAAAACCUCAGUCAGGAGCUGUUCGGCCUCCUCGGUAACUUCGAACACGGGAUCCUGACCACUGUAGAUAGAAACGGCCUUGAUGUGCUUCUUGAAACUCUCUGUCCGAAGACGUCCAAGGAGGACGCGAAGGCUGGCUCCAGUGGUGAGAGCUUUGGAAACUUCAAGCCGAAAGCGGAGUCGAAAGCUAUUUCUGGGACUGCCAAUCCAAAAGCUUCUCGCGAGGCCAGUCGAAAGGCGAAAAGAUCGUUCAACGUAAAGUACUUGCAAAUUGCAAGAAUCAUCUCCACUGGAAGAUCGAGCAAGGACUUCGGGUCCGUCAUCUUGAGUGGUCAUAUGCUCGUGAAACCUGUAGGGAGGUACUUCAGGGGCAGGUGA